AUGAUCCGAAUCUGGGACGCCGAAAGUGUACAGACCGUUUCUGGAGAUUUCGAAGGGCAUACAGAUACAGUAAGUUGUGUUGCUUUCUUGCCCAAUGGCAAACGUAUUGUAUCUGGGUCACAUGAUUUUACAAUUCGAAUAUGGGACACUGAAAGUGGACGCAUGCUCUCAAGGCCUUUCAAAGGACACUCGAGCACUGCCUACCCUGUCGCGUUCUCGCCGGAUGGAGGGCGUGUUGCUUCUCGCUCCGAGUCCGAGGAUUGUACGAUCUGCGUGUGGGACGCCGAAAGCGGAAAUAUGGUUUCCGGUCCUUUCGAAGGACAUACGUCAUCUGUCAACUCCAUCUGCUUCUCGCCCGACGGGACACGUGUUGUGUCCGGCUCCCGUGACAGCACGGUUCGAAUCUGGGACGUCGAGAGCGGAAAGGCGAUUUCCGGUCCUUUCAGAGGGCAUUCAGUCCCUGUUUUCUCUGUUGCUUUCUCUCCUCACGGGAGAAGCGUUGUCUCUGGCUCUGACGACCCAACAAUCAUAAUCUGGGACGUCGAAAGUGGCGAAAUCAUUUCUGGGCCCUUGAGAGGACACAAAGAUCGGGUCGAGUCAGUAGCGUUCUCGCCUGACAGCACACGCAUUGUCUCCGGUUCUUGGGACAGAACCAUUUUGAUCUGGGACGUCGAGAAUGGGCAGGUCAUGGCUGGGCCUUUCGAAGGGCAUACAGACAGUGUUUGGUCAGUUGCCUUCUCCCCUGACGGGGCACGCAUCGUUUCGGGUUCCGAGGACAGGACAAUCCGAGUCUGGGACGCGUGGAGUGGAGAGGCCAUCUUCGCACCUUUUGAAGGGCAUACAGGAACUGUUGAGUCUGUCUCAUUCUCACCGGAUGGUAAACGUGUUGUUUCUGGCUCUGGGGAUCGCACAAUCAGAAUAUGGAAUGUAGAAGGUGUGGUGACAAUCUCCUGCUCACUAGUUCAAUGUCUAAUGCUGAGUCCCCGACCUUGCUCUCAAUGUAGACCCUUGCUUUGA